AUGAAAUACUACAAUGCUGAUGUUAUGUCAACAGGCACAGUGGUUCUGCAGGCUACCAUCCUCACAGCAGCUGCUGUUGUGGGGCUGACCCUGUUCACCUUCUGGGCCGUCAAGACGGGCUACGACUUCAGCUUCACGUUCCCAUUCCUGUUCACCAGCCUCCUCGUGCUUCUGGUGUACAUCACCAUCCAGAUCUGCUUCCCGCUGGGAAGGGUGGCCAUGACCAUCUACGGGUUCCUGGCCACCCUGGUGUUCUCGGGCUUCAUCGUCUACGACACCCACAUGCUGCUCAAGUGCCGCACCUACAACGAGUACGUGGUCGCCGCCAUCUCCCUCUACCUGGACGUCAUCAGCCUCUUCCUGGCCCAGAUGUCGCUCUCCAGCCAGUUAUGUUCAAGUCUUCAACGCACUUCAGAGCAGCAGAGGAUAUAA